ACCGAGCUAUAAAUUCACAACGCCUACAGCAAAAAGUCGUCACUUGGCAGCUGUGUCGAGUUGUGGAGGUAUCUGAGGAUCUGACUGGCAACAUGAGCAACAACAAGCUUACGCUGGCCGUGCUGCAGUUGCCCGUGGGCAACAAUGUGACAGAGAAUGUGCGACGGGCUAUAGACCACAUAGUCCAGUUGAAGGCUGCAAAUCCGCAGCUACAGUUGGCCAUUCUGCCGGAGAGCUUCAACGGUCCGUAUGGCAUUGAGCACUUUGGCAAGCAUGCGGAAAGCGUACCGGAUGGACCAACAUGCCAGGCGCUAUCGCGACUGGCUCAAAGGCUCGCCAUCUACAUCAUCGGAGGCAGCAUAAUUGAGCGGGAUGAAAACAAUAAGCUCUACAAUACGUGCACUGUGUGGGGGCCCAAUGGCAAGUUAAUUGGCAGACAUCGCAAGAUCCAUCUAUUCACCAUGAACAUUGAGCCGGACCAGCUCGGUGGCGUGCAAUUCGAUGAGGCUGCUGCCUUGACGCCAGGCAACGAUCCGACAGUGGUGCAAAUUGGUCCGCAUAAGGUUGGCAUUGGCAUUUGCCAUGACAAGCGUUUCGAGGAGUUGGCCCGCAUCUAUCGCAACUUGGGCUGCUCCAUGCUCGUCUAUCCGUCUGCCUUUUGCAUUUGCCAGGGUCCCAUGCACUGGGAGCUGUUGCAACGAGCCCGCGCCACAGAUAAUCAACUCUUUGUGGUCACCUGUGCCCCUGCCCGCAAUAAUAUGUCCGGCUAUGUGGCCUAUGGCCACUCCAUGAUUAUCGAUCCCUGGGCGCGUGUACAACGCGAGGCAGGCGAUGGACUCGAGUUGAUUGUCGAGGAAAUCGAUUUCGAUAAGGUUGAGCAAGUGCGUCGACAGAUUCCCAUCUACAAGCAACGACGCACCGAUGUCUAUGAUCUGGCCAGAGCGAGCACUUGAAACUGGGCUGCAGAGAAAACAACUAAAACGAACUCUUAUUCAAGUCAAUAAACAAGGGUCUUCCAGUCGACAUUGCUCGACUUGCAGAUACUCUGUCUCCAUCAAAAAUAAUGUAGAGCAUCAUUCAACUCUUCCGGAUUUUUUUUUAAAAUAAAAAACCUGUUUAUUAUGAGAAAAAAACCUUUUCAGAAA